AGCAAAACUCUGUAAUCGAAACUGAAGAAAACCCUAAGGUUUGAUCUCUAUACACAACUCAUACUUGUGUACUGCAUUGAGAAUUUUCGGCAUAUACAAGAAUAAGAAGCUUGUUGUUGGAAUGGAACAAGCUGCAGAGAGAAGCUCAACCCUUGUUGCAUCAACCUCUCAAGGGUCGGAUUUAGAUCCGAUAUCUCGAGUGAGGAAGCUCUUGUUCCGCCAGAUGCUUGUGGGAAUCAAAGACGGGAGAUUCUUCCUUGGAAAUUUCCAUUGCAUAGACAAACAAGGAAACAUCAUUCUUCAGGACACUGUCGAGUAUCGCAGCAUAAGAAAAUCGUCUCCUUCGCCUACUGAACAGCGUUGUCUUGGUAUGAUCCUAAUCCCUUCCUCUUGCAGGACAUCUUGCCAUGUCGAUUGUUCUAUCGAGGAACAGCUUUCAUUGAUUCAGCUGAAAGAGUAGUGCCUCUUUUAAGACUUCAUGAGAGAAUCUUUCCAAGUUUCAUCAAUAGGUCUUAUCAUGGAUUUAGUCUCUUCAUUAUGCCCAAAAUCAAAACUUCAUUCCAUGUCCUUGUAUGAUUAAUGAUUCACAUGUUUUCGUGAAGAAAUAUGUAUACAUACAUUGGAAUUUUUGUAUUUACAUUUAGAGAGCCAAAAGUCUGAAACUUUUCAAA